AGCCCUCCCUUGAAACUGCGCAUGCGCACAACGUGUUGUAAACAAUGAGACUUGAGACCGUCUCCAGCAGCUUUGUGUCUGUCCAACAGUUUAUCAGAAAUAAAAGUCACAGCGUGUCCUGCUCCCUCCGCGGGUAUUUAACAGACAUGUUCUGUGGGAGCUGAAGCAUGGAGGCAGUUCUGAGCAGGCUGCGGGGGCUGAGUUCUGAUGAACUGCGCGAGGAGUUUGCCAGGGCAGACCUCAAGUGUGGCCCCAUCACAGCCACCACGCGAGCCACCUUCGAGAGGAAAUUAGCCCGAGUCCUGGCCGGGCCAGAGAGCAGCGCUGCUGAAUCCGACAACAGCUCUUCAGCAGGAGGAGUCUCGGGCAGUGCGGUCUGUGUGGCUGAACAUGCCAAAUCUAUGUCGUGUGCCACAGCAGUUGCAUCAACUUCUGCCGCAACAAGCGGCAAACCCCCUGAGACUGCCACUGAUGAGUCAGACUUUGGUUAUGGUGUGGGUCUUAACCCUCCAGAGGAAGAGGGGAUCGCCGUCAAGGCCUCACACUGCUCUGCUGAAGGCAGCAACUCUCAGUCCAAAACAGAAACACCUUCAAAACUGGCACAAGUGUCCCCAACCUUUUUUUACGGAGUCUGUCCUCUUUGGGAGGACGUUCUGGCUAGAAACGAAAGAGCACAUGUGUACACGGAUAAGAAAGAUGCCCUUCAAGCAGUAAAGAUAAUGAAGGGAGCCCGCUUCAAAGCCUUUCCCAACCGCGAGGACGCUGAGAAGUUCGCUAAAGGGAUCUGUGACUAUUUCCCCUCUCCCAACAAAUCUGCACCCUGCGUGUCUCCAGUCAAACCGGGCCUGGUCUGCAGUAAAGACAACAUGGAGGUUGACACCAUCAAUCGGGAGCGAGCAAACAGUUUCAAGAGCCCCCGCACCCAGGACCUGACCGCCAAACUGAGGAAAGCUGUGGAGAAGGGAGACGAGUUGACCGUCAGCGAUCUGGUGUGGAGCAACCCGAGAUACCUCAUUGGCUCAGGAGAUAAUCCCACCAUAGUGCAGGAGGGCUGCAGGUACAACGUCAUGCAUGUGGCAGCGAAGGAGAACCAGGCGGGAAUCGUCCAGCUGCUGCUGGACACCUUGGAAAACCCAGAGUUCAUGCGACUCAUGUACCCGGAUGACCAGGAACUCAUGCUGCAGAAACGUAUCCGCUACAUCGUAGAUCUUUACCUCAACACCCCAGAUAAGGCGGGCUUUGAAACACCGCUCCACUUUGCCUGUAAGUUUGGAUGCCCGGAGGUGGUCAAUGUCCUGUGCUCGCAUCCCGACAUGGAUAAGAACUGUCGGAACAAAGACGGUCAGAAGCCUUGUGAUCUCAUUUGUAGCAGAAAAAAUAAAACCCAAGAAGUGAAGCAGAAGAUAUGUGACUAUUUAGAGGACCGCUGCUACAUCCCUUUGCUGAGGGCGACAGACAACACCUCUCAGCCCAUCAUCGGUGCUCUUUGGUCCCCCGAGACCUCAGAAAGUCUGUCACAGAUCCAGCGGCAAUCAAGAAGCCCCAUGGACCCCCUGAUGACCGUCACAGCCUUUGCUGGCCCACUGAGCCCAUCAAAGGCAAAUGAUUUCCGGCGGUCCUGGAAGACGCCGCCCAGAAACCGAGCGGAACACUUUCACCACAUUCUGAAGUCUGAUCCCGACCGUGGGGCAGAGAGAGUGGGCAGAGACCUUGCUCAUGGGAUGGGCCACCCAUGGGCCGAGUACUGGGACUUCCUGGACAGUUUUGUGGAUCUGUCAUCAGCUGAGGGGCUCCGCAAACUGGAAGAACACCUUUGCAAGAGAGAUUUUUGUCCACGGGCUCAUGAAGAGACGGGGGAGAAUGAGACCAGCAACAGGUUCAGAACGCCCUCUCCAGGCAAGCCCAAAAAGUUCUGCAACUCCAUCUCUGUCGGUGCCUUCCUGGAUGAGGGCGACGACAUCAGCCUCGAGGAAAUGAAGAAUCGGCAGAAUGCAGCUCUCACCAGCAUCACCUCCUCUGCUGCAUCCAAGGACGGUCUGAAGGGAGCAGUGGGCGGCCGUGAGUUCCACAUCCUGCCCAUCGCGCUGCACCACCGGGGGGCCGACCUGAUCGAGACGGCGGCAGAGCAGGACCUGCUGUGCUGCUGCGAUGACGGCAUCCUGACACCCGGCAUCGUCUGCAAAAACGGGGUGUGCUCCUCCUCCAGAGAUAGGACUAACAAUGGAGACAAGGUGGCCCCUCGCACCUCACCCUCCUGCCUGCUGUCCCCAAUCUCCAACCUCAUGGUGGAGUUUGAGCGCAUGUCGCUGCAAGAGACGCUUGACAGCCCCACCGUCUGCAGGGAGAGGAGGAGCAGUGGAGGGAGCCGGCACCGGGAUGUCCGUGACUCCUUCGGCUCCUCCUCAGCCACAGACCUGAGCUCCGGGCUGAACCGCCUGUCUCUCGGCCACAGCAGCCACGAUGGAGAGAGCGUUGAGGCGCCAGGCUGGAGAACGGAGGGAGGAGAGGCAGAGGAGAGGCGCAGCAGCGGCAGCUCAGAGGAGUACUAUGAAGCAGAGGAAAGUCUGGAGGUGCUAGGCAGGACUAGGGGGUCUGUAUCAGGGGGGCGCAACAUCUGUGCUAGGUCCAAAUCAUGGGACCACGGAGGGAGGGACCUGAGCAGCUCAGGCUCCUCUGGGUCCUCCUAUAAGUCCUUAGAUAGCUCCGAGUUCCUUCACAGGACCCCACCGCACAUUAGAAGAGGACUGUUCAUUGACGGAGAUUCACCAACCAAGUUGGACAGGGAGGUCUUGACAGCAAUAGAUGGUGCAGACGUCGACUCCCAGAAGUAUCCCAGCGUUCAUAAGUGGAAGAGCACAAUGAAGUCGUACUCUGCUGCAGACAUGCAGAGCUGGCCCAGCCCUGUGGUGGUAAAACCACGGCUCAGGAUGCAGCCUCAGACGCCAGGCUCCCCGGUCAGCCUGAUGUCUCCCAGCGGUCGCUUCAGUCCCGCCCGGCACGCUGCCUCGCCGGAUUUCAGCCCCAGCCGUUACAGCCCUGCUAAUGCUAGCUACAUCCAGCGUAUCCGCCUCAAGCACUUAAACGAGCCAGCGGUCUAACUGCCCUCCUCUGCCCCGCCUCCCACCGAUAUGGCCAUACCCUCACAUAACCCCGCCCCUCCCAGUACAAACCCAGCUGCACCCAGGUGUCUAUGCCGGAGCUCAGAAACCACAAACCUAACAGAAAUAUGCACAAGUGUCUGGAAGAUUUGUAUUCAUGCGUGGUACUCCGUCAUCACGUUGGGUCGUGAUGCACACUCGAGACUUUCUAAAGGAAAAAAAAAAAAUCUUGGUCAUUUAGUUACUGUUCGACUGUGGACCAUGUGGAAGCGACAGUCCUGUUAUUUGUGGCCAGUGUGACGCACUUGUAUCAUAGCCUGAGUCGACUUUUUGAAUAUUGUGAAAACAAGCGGCACCCCCCCAAAAGUUAGCUCAUCACUAAACCUUUGUGUGGAUUAGAAGGAGUCUGUCACUGAAGAUGUUCUUAAAAAAAAAAAAAAAAAAAAAAAGGCAAAAUGUCAAUAUUUUAAAAGUUAUUUUUUUGUAUGUUGGUCAGUAGCACAAACAAAUUAAAUGUUUUUAUUAAUGGUGUUAAAACCGACUGCCAUUUCCUAUUGCCUUAAUUUUCUGGAGUUGAUGGACCAGUCCUCGCUCAGUCUGGACUCUCUCUCUCUAACUCGAACACAAAACAUCUGGAAAGUGCGACCUCCCAGAUGAUUAUGGCAAACAUGGGACAAAUGGAUAAGACGGAGAGCUUCCAUGAUUUUAUUUUGAUCUUUAAUAAACGCAUACAUUUUUUCCAUUUCUUCUCAGUGGUCCCUGGACAUGUCUGGACUUUUCCUUUCUCUGCCUUCACUGGCGGCCUUAGACCGUGCAGUUGUUUUUUUUUUUGUUUCUUUUUCAAAUAUCUUCCAUUCACAAGCAUCUUCCACACUUUGAGUAUGAAUGAGGAAUUGAACCUUCCCCAGAGGUUAACCCUUAAAACUGCCCACUGAGGUGACCUUAAAGCUGUAUCAAGGGAUCUUCGACCACUAGGGGGCGGACUGACUUUAAGCUAACGUAGCCGCAGCAGAAAUAUGACACCUUUAUCGGUUUACUACGACCAUUUUAAGAAGAAGAAACUGCCUUAUGCUUACAGAGAAUUAACUGAGAUUAACACUUUAGGGUGUUGAUUCCUUGUGGGAUCGGCAUCACUCACAGCCAUCUUCACUUCACUAUAAGUAGUGUCAUCUGAAAACUGGCGCUCACUAGAGCUUCAGUUCCCUUUAAGCCCGGCGUGUACUCUGUGUGAUUGUAGUAAAGUCACGCAGGAAUGUCAGUUCACACUGAACGACUGAAUCGUUAACACACGACCAGAACUCACGAUGUUUGUGCUCGCACUGCACGACCUGAGAGCUCACGCUGUACGACUAUCGUUUACGACACAACCAGAACUCUGUGCGUGCUCACACUGUACGACUGAAUUAUUCACGAUGCAAGGCCAACGCUCUUGAUGUACGAGUCAAAUCAAUUUUCAUUAGAAAAAAAAAGCAGACGCCAGCAAAAACUUGUUCUCGCUCCCCCUCUCUCUCACACACGUGCUCACAAGUAAUCUGCAUCACCAGUUAACACAUGCUAACUAGCAUCUAAUUAGGUAACAUCACACGAGAGGGAGUGAUGUACUGGAUAUCAGCACUGCUGUGAUUGGGUCUGAAGAUAAUCACAGAGAACAUCUCUCCCUUGAGUGUGAUGUUACUUUGAUUCAACAGCUAGACAAGCAGAAAAAUAGUGAUUUAAAAAGUUAAAACCAACAACAGAUCAUUUGUUGACUGUAAACUAGUUCCACAAUUUAACAGAAACUAGACCGUUGCCAAGCAACCCAAACAUUCUAUUCUACUGCACUCUGUUGGUGUCCAUGGUUACCACAGAGCAGCUACUUAAACCUGCUUACUGUGUUAAUUAAAAGUAUUCAGAACUCCUGGCUGAGGAGGGACGCAUAUUGUGAUGUUCUCCAAUAUCGUCACUCAGGGAACGCCUCGUCCAAUCAGAUUACUUGGUCAGAACUAGCUGUUAUAUAAAUUUUAAAUAUUCUGUCAACUGGAGGUCUGCAGAUAUUCAUGCCAUAGUUGUUACCAUGGUGAUUGCAGAUGCUGUCUGUCAGGUCCCAGAGUCGAGGAAGCGGCUCGUGGCUCUGCUCACACUGCAAUGAUGUGCGACCUAAAUAUCGAACAUGUCAGAAAUUCAUCCGACUGAUCCAGAGCAGCUGCCGAGCCUCAAAGUAGACUUGCUUAAUUUCAGCCCGAUCGCCGGGUGUCGGUCGUGCAGACUUCAAAAUGAGGGACACGGUGGAAUGGUGAAGUGCACGCCGGGCUUUAAGUGUUACCUGGGAGGUUUCAGAUCAGCUUCCAGUAAACUCCCGUUCCCAUGGAUACAAGGUUCUUGCCGUUCCUCCUCAACAUGAUGUAUCUGAAUGUGCAAAGACUUGUUGUAUCAAAUCAAUUUGACCUUUGAACCCCCUGCUGUGUGAGGGUCUGUCAACCGUGAGUGCAUCUCUAGUCAGUGUGAGAAAAAAAAAAACCACGUGUUCUGAAUGUACAGUUUUUUUUUUUGUUGUGAACUACACCUUUUAUCUGAGCACAAACUACGUCACUGAGAAGAUUGUAUCGCCGUCUGCGUGCUCUCAGGGUCACAACGGAUCCGGAUCCUGGUCUCUGAAUGUCUAUGAAUGUGGAACUUUUGCAAAAAAAUGCACCUAAAAAACUUAAAACAUACUUCUUGUGCAUUUAGCAUUCUGUGCUUUAUUCAAACUUUCAUGGUGAAUUCUCUUUUCUGUAUGUCUAGACCUCAUUCGCUUUCAACUAACCAAUAAAACGUCACUCCUACUUCA